AAUAUGCUCAGAGAUGUGACUCAUUAUUUUAUGUAAAUUUUCCCUUUGAUUAAGCUGAUAACUAGGUAUCUUUAAAUUUUUUGCAACAAGAUAAUUUCUCAAACUCCACACUCCAUGCUCUACAGUUGCAUCAAGAACUGUUCUUGAUGCUAUUGAUUCAGUAGCAAUUGAAUCAUAAAAGAUGGAGGAACCCCUUUAAAGAAUUACCAACCCUUCCACAAGAAAUAAUCUUUGAUAUUCUCUUAAGGUUACCUCUCAAAUCCCUCUCUAAAUUCAUGUGUGUUUCAAAAUCAUGGCUUUAUUUACUAUAAAGUACUAAAUUCCUCAAUACCCAUGUCAAUUUUUCCAUAAUUAAUGGUUAUAGACUUGCUCUUGUAGGCUCAUAUACUUUUGGUUUGACUAAAUUCUGCAUUAUUUACAACAUAUCAUGUGAAAGUUUAUCUGUUACAUUGUCUAAACAUGGUUGUCCUCCAAAGAUUUUGGAGGCAUACUCGGGUCGGGUUUUAGAUUCUUGCAAUGGGUUAAUUUGUUUACACAAGGACUUAUUAACACUAAUGCUAUUGAACCCAUGUACUGGAAGUCCCAAUUUAAGUGUCUUACUUUUUUUUGGUUUGUCCACAAAAAAAAAAAGUAUUUCUUUCUAUAUUUAGUAAGUUGACAAUUCAAAUAUCCUACGUGACAAGUUUAAAACCACAAGAUUCAGAGGACAUUUUAGUACGUUACACACAUCUUUAAUUUAGGACAACAGGAUUCAACGGAGGGAGUAUUUUGUAAUUUAAUACUUCGUUAUGAUGGUGCUGGUUGUUGUUUUAUUAGAUAUGGAUUUGGUUAUGAUGCAUCUACUAAAGAUUAUAAGGUUGUAAAGAUCUGGAUUUUUGCUGAGAUGGAUGGUAGACAUGAGAACAUGGUUUGGGUUUACAGCGUAAAGGCUCGUAAAUGGUCAACUAUGCAAGGUUUUAAUAGUGGUUAUUUGAAUGGAGAAGUGAGUAUUUUUGCAAAUGGCGCUCUUUACUUGGUAGAAUGCUAUCGCACUUCUUGGGGGAUUGUUACUUUGGAUUUGGUUGCAAAGAGAUAUGGAAAAAUAGCAUUGCCUAGUUAUGAAGAUGGAGGUAUUUAUUGGACAUUAGGUGUUUCGAGAGGGUGUUUAGUUGCUUGUUGCAAUUAUGAAGAACCAAAUAGGGCAGAUUUGUGGGCGAUAAAGGAGUACGGUGUCGAGAAAUCUUGGACUAAGUUGGUUACAAUCUCAUCACCCGUUGAUCGUAAGGGUUAUAUGUCACCAUUGUUUGUGGCAGGGAACAGUGAUGUAGUACUAGUGAAGCUUGGCAGAGAGAUAGUAUUGUACAUUUCAAGGAAUGGUUCAUUCAAGCGACUUACCAUUAUCCGUCCAGUGAUUUUCUUAAAUUUCAAGUGGCCACCUACUUUGAAAGCCUUGCUUCACCUCAUAUUUAGUGAUGCUUCCGAUAGCCCUGUUCUCAAAUUUAUGAUAACAUUGUGUCUUGCAUUGUAUUUUUACAUUCUAACUUAUCUUGUAAGGUGCUCUUCAGCAACAUUAAACUGAGAAAUGCUGCUAUUCUCAUGCUCAAUUGAAGUUCUAAAGUUCUGCACCAA